AGAUAUAACACAGAAACAAAGUGAGUGACAGAGAGACAGAGAGAUAGAGAGGGAGCGCCAUUGAUACUUUGCUUCGGUCUCUCCUUUCCUCUUCCUCUUUCUCCUUUUUCUUCCUCAUCUUCUUUUCUCUUCUCCCAGUUUUAACCCCGACAAACGCUGAGGGCACUGUAUCAACAGAAGAAAACUACAUUCUGCAUCAUCUGCAGCAAAAGUAGCAGGGUCUGGAUUGCCGGUUUGGUUGGUUGAGAUUGGUUGAUUGAGAGAAGAAGGAAAGGGGAAGAAAGAUGAGUAUGUAUGGGCGUGACCCGUGGGGGGGUCCGCUUGAAAUAAAUGCAGCAGAUUCGGCUACCGACGACGACCGGAGUCGGAAUCUCCAGGACUUCGACCGGGCGGCUCUGAAUUCACGGCCUCUGGACGAAACCCAACAGAGCUGGUUGCUUGGUCCCAGUGAGCAAAAGAAGAAGAAGAAAUAUGUCGAUCUGGGUUGCAUCAUUGUCAGCCGUAAGCUCUUCGUCUGGACUGUCGGUACUAUUCUCGCCGCCGGUUUUAUAGCCGGUUUCGUCACCCUCAUCGUUAAGACAGUUCCCCGUCACCACCACUCUCGAGCUCCCCCUGACAACUACACCCUUGCCCUCCACAAGGCCCUCAUGUUCUUCAAUGCUCAGCGUUCUGGACCGCUUCCUAAGCAUAACAAUGUUAGUUGGAGGGGAAAUUCUGGUAUGAGAGACGGUCUCUCCGAUAAUUCUGUUAACAAGAAUCUGGUGGGUGGGUAUUAUGACGCUGGAGAUGCUAUCAAGUUCAAUUUUCCGGCAUCUUUCGCCAUGACCAUGUUGAGUUGGAGUGUCAUCGAGUACAGUGCGAAGUAUGAAGCUGCAGGGGAGCUUAACCAUAUAAAAGAUACUAUCAAGUGGGGAACUGAUUAUCUUCUCAAGACUUUCAAUUCCUCUGCUGAUACCAUUGAUCGGAUCUCUGCACAGGUUGGAGUUGGGGAUACUUCAAAAGGGCCUGAUCCUAAUGAUCAUUAUUGUUGGGUGCGGCCUGAGGACAUUGAUUAUCCUCGGCCUGUGUAUGAAUGCCAUAGUUGCUCAGAUCUUGCAGCUGAGAUGGCUGCUGCUUUAGCUGCUGCGUCUAUUGUGUUUAAAGACAGCAAGACUUACUCCCAGAAACUUGUUCAUGGUGCCAAAACAUUGUUUAAGUUUGCAAGGGAGGUACGAGGUAGAUAUAGUUCAGGUGGCACAGAUCCUGCAGUCUUCUAUAAUUCCACUAGUUACUGGGAUGAGUAUGUGUGGGGUGGAGCCUGGUUGUAUUAUGCCACGGGAAAUUCCUCCUACCUUCAACUGGCUACUCACCCAACUCUCGCUAAGCAUGCUGGUGCUUUUUGGGGUGGACCAGAUUAUGGGGUUCUAAGCUGGGAUAACAAGCUUGCCGGUGCUCAAGUGCUUCUGAGUAGAUUAAGACUGUUCUUGAGUCCUGGUUAUCCAUAUGAAGAAAUUUUGAGGACUUUUCACAACCAGACCAGUAUAGUCAUGUGUUCAUACUUGCCAGUUUUCACCAGCUUCAAUCGAACAAAAGGAGGUUUGAUACAAUUAAACCAUGGAAGGCCUCAGCCUCUUCAAUAUGUGGUCAAUGCAGCUUUCCUAGCUGCCUUGUACAGUGACUAUCUUGAUGCUGCAGAUACACCAGGGUGGUAUUGUGGUCCUAAUUUCUUCUCAACUGAUGUCUUACGAGACUUUGCAAGAACACAGAUCAAUUAUAUUCUUGGCAAGAAUCCUCAGAAGAUGAGUUAUGUUGUGGGCUUUGGUAAUCGUUAUCCAAAACAUGUACACCACAGAGGUGCUUCAAUCCCCAAGAACAGGAUUAAGUAUAACUGUAAAGGAGGAUGGAAAUGGAGGGACACUCCAAAGCCGAAUCCCAAUACGAUUGUUGGAGCCAUGGUUGCUGGCCCUGACAAGCAUGAUGGGUUCCGGGAUGUUCGUACUAACUACAAUUAUACAGAACCCACCCUAGCUGGCAAUGCAGGUUUAGUUGCUGCUCUUGUGGCUUUGUCAGGUGAGAAGACUGGGAUUGACAAGAACACCAUAUUCUCAGCCGUCCCGCCAAUGUUUCCAGUUCCUCCACCACCUCCAGCACCAUGGAAGCCUUAGAGAUUGGCUAUUGGUGAUGAUCCUCCUUUUCUUUUUCUCUCCAAUCUUGUAAUUGAUCAUGUUAGGAGUUUGCUUUUUAUAUCGGGUUGCUAUUGAGGAGAGGGAUACAAGGAAAAAGAAGAAAACACUCAUAGAAGGGGAAGAGAUGCCUAAGAUGUGGGGGCUGGCCCAAAGCAGCAAAGUGAUUGCAUGUCUGGUCGACCUUGGUUUGAUUUUGUUAUACAUAAAAAAUGUAUGCAGCAAAGCAGAUGUUUUCUUUUGUAACACUGGAUUUCAUAAUUCUAAAUUUUAUGACAUUUUAUUUGAUGAUAAGCAGGCAAUCUUCCUUUGAGGAAGGAGUUGGCAAGAAUCUUCAAGGAAAAACAUGCCUUGUAAAAGGAAUUAUAUUGUCUUUUUGAGUUUUGUCUUAGUUUGUUCA